AUGGAUACUGAGUUAGCUCCACCGCUGAGCACCGCGGGGAGGGGGGAGAGAUGCAAAACAAGGCUGCUCUGGCCACCCAGCGUGGGCCAGAUCCCAGCAGGUGUAGACAUUGUGGCAGACAAAGAUGGGGUGACUCUGUCCCUGGAGGAGGAUGUGGAUGAUGUUGACUUGGCUUACAAGACCCCAGAGAAGAGGAGCCUCCAAGAGAUCCAGCAGCUGGACCAGGAUGAUGAGAGCUUGAACAAAUACAAGCAGGCACUGCUGGGGCCCAUUCCUGUGGCUGUUGAUCCCAAUGUGCCCAAUAUCCAGGUGACAAGAAUGACUCUGGUGUGUGACCAGGCUCCAGGGCCCCUCACCAUGGACUUAGCAGGUGAUCUGGAGGCACUGAAGAGCCAGUCCUUUGUGCUGAAGGAAGGAGUGGAUUACAGAGUGAAAAUCUCAUUCAAGGUGAACAGGGAGAUUGUGUGUGGAUUGAAGUAUCUGCACCACACCUACAGGAAAGGUCUGAAAGUGGAUAGAGACAUCUACAUGGUGGGGAGCUAUGGGCCCCGAGCUGAGGAGUAUGAGUUCCUGACCCCUAUGGAAGAGGCCCCCAAGGGCAUGCUGGUGCGGAGCACCUACCACAUCAAAUCCUUCUUCACCGAUGAUGACAAAAUGGAUCACCUUUCCUGGGCAUGGAACCUCUGUAUAAAGAAGGACUGGAAAGAUUGAAGCACCUUCCCACUCCCUCCCCCUGCAGUUCAGGCUCCAACCUUAGUAUGAAUUUAGGGACAAACUAUCCUUAAUGCAAACAAAAGGGUCUCAGACCACUUCCAUCACAGGCACAUGCUUCUGUAGGAUACUCAAUUUGCAGAGCCCCAGCAGACAGCACACAAGCCCCAUUGCUCUGCACUCUGCUCUGGCCCGUCAGGUCAUGAUGCCAGCUCUGCCUACAGUCUGCCAGUGCCCUGGUCCUCGUGCGGUUCCUUGAUCUGCAUCCUCCUCCCAUCAGGACAAGCUACAAGUUGUUGCUAACAAGUGUCCCAUCCUGGUCCUGGCUCAGAGCUGGGGAGGAUCAGACACCUUUUCCUGCUGCAUGCUGCAGACUAAUAUAGCUUAGCCUGCACUUUACCAAGGACUAGGGAAUGCAGUAGGACCUUUUCCCCAAAGGAUAGUUCAGGUCCCUCAGGAGAGGGAGACUGUUGCUGUCCAUCAGGGUUUUCUUCGAGCUGGGUCUAUGCACUGAACGUGGCAGUGUAUGCCAGAUGGGGGUGGAAGAGGGGCUUACUGUGCCCUUGGUUGCAGGUGGUGAGGCACAAGGUUCUUCCAGACAGCUGCUCCCAAAGCUCAGGUGUGCAUCCCUGCAGCUGCCCAUCACAUUGUCCGCAGCAGUUCAACGAGGUCUCCUCCAGACAAGCUUGGUGUUCCUGGGCAGGGGCCUUGCAUCCUUGCAUGAGUUGAAAAGUGCCCUAGGGAGGGGUGCCUAAGUCUGUGCUGGGCAGAGAUGCAGCUAGUGUCUGCUCCUCAUUUAUCCCAGCACCUUCUGCUGAUGGUCAGAGUGCCCUAUUGUGUGCAUAAAACCCUUGUCUGUCUCUUGAGCAGUGCUCCUUAGUGCCCCAGCAGCAGCUGCUGCUCCACCCUGUGGACACUCAAUUUCACUCCUGACCACCCCAGCAUUGCCAUGUAGCAUGCCCUACUCUCUAACAGAGCCAAGGGGCCUUAGCGUGUAAUUCAUAUUAAGGUGGGGGCUCCCUUUAGUAAUCAGACCCCAGAGGUCAUGGUCUUUGUAACCAAAGUUAUUUUUAAUUGCUGUUUUUUUUUAAUACUGAUUCUCCUGACUCAUCUCCUGUGGCAUCUCCAUUGCUAGGUCUGUAGCUAGUGAACCUGUUGUAGCUCUAUGUGAGGGUCUUCCUGGCUGUGUAUGGAACAUGCCAGCUCAGAGGGGCUGGGGCCUGCAUCUGCUAUCACAUCCCCUGACCUAGCUCUGAUGUAUGAGUGUGUUCCUGUAGGAUGCCCUAAACACUGCUGUAUUGGCCCUUUCUGAACUGUACUGAUGAUAACACUGGCUGUGCUCUUAGUCAUUACCAUUAAACCUUACAGACAUCUCUUAUUUGA